UGACAGUUUGAAAACCAUAAAAAUAUGUGCUCGACUUCAUGAAUUUUGUUUCAAAUAAUCAAGACCACAGAGUACUUUGUAACAUACUGAAAGACAAAAGAAAACAUUGAUCGACUUAUAUUGCAAUAUUUGUAAUUCUUAAAAUUAAGUUAUCAAUAAAUGAUAAGUCAUGACAGCCACAGCAUCCGCUGUAACUGCGUCUGUUGAAGAAGAUUUGGACGAUUGUGGACCACAACUUAUUAGUAAACUAGAAGGUAAUGGAAUAACGUCGGGUGAUAUAAAGAAGUUGGAGGAGGCGGGAUAUCAUACGGUGGAGUCUGUUGCGUAUGCUCCGAAAAAAUGGUUGAUUACAAUAAAAGGAAUAUCUGAAGCAAAAGCAGAUAAAAUACUAUUGGAAGCUUCUAAGCUAGUUCCCAUGGGCUUUACAACUGCAACAGAAUUUCAUCAGAAGAGAGCAGAAAUAAUUCAAUUAACAACAGGAUCGAAGGAGUUGGACAGAUUGUUGGGCGGAGGAAUAGAAACAGGUUCAAUCACUGAAAUAUUUGGUGAAUUCAGAACAGGGAAAACACAAUUAUGUCACACGUUAGCAGUGACAUGUCAGUUACCAAUAGAACAGUCUGGAGGUGAAGGUAAAUGUAUGUAUAUAGACACGGAAGGCACGUUCCGGCCCGAGCGGCUGCUGGCGGUGGCGCAGCGCUACGGCAUGGAGGGCGCGGCCGUGCUCGACAAUGUCGCCUACGCCCGCGCCUACAACACUGAUCAUCAGACGCAGCUGCUUGUACAGGCCUGUGCUAUGAUGGCUGAAUCUAGAUAUUCAUUACUGAUAGUAGACAGUGCAACAGCGUUGUAUAGAACAGACUACUCAGGCCGUGGUGAGCUCAACUCCAGGCAGUUACAUCUUGGCCGCUUCAUGAGGAUGUUGCUCCGACUGGCUGAUGAGUUUGGUGUAGCGGUGAUAAUAACCAACCAAGUAGUUGCCCAAGUGGACGCUGUUGGUGUAUUCAAUGCUGAUACAAAGAAGCCAAUUGGAGGCCAUAUUAUAGCACACGCGUCCACUACCCGGCUGUACCUGAGGAAGGGGAGGGGAGACAACAGGGUAUGCAAGAUAUACGACAGCCCCUGUCUGCCGGAGACGGAGGCUAUGUUUGCUAUCAGCACGGAAGGUAUCACCGAUGCAAAGGAGUGAAUUGGAAAGCUGGCUUUUUUAAUUAAAUGUAUUUAAUAUUAAUGUGAUGUUUAAUCUGUAAGUUUUGGUUAUAAUAAAUAUCUAUUUUAAUACUAA